AUUGAUUGAGAUUACAAUCUUACCCUUAUCGUUCAUGUAAUGGGUAUGGAUGGCAAAACUCUGUUUAUUUCGGAUGAUCAAAUUUAUCCAAUCUGGAUUAAACUAAGUUUGAACAUAAGUUAUAUGUUCGAAAUUUAGAUCUAAAUAUAAAAUUUUUAUCCGGUUUAAAACCGGAUCCAUGUCCAAACACAUAAAUUUUAUCCAGUUUGAUUGUCUGGAGCCUAACCCGAAUUAAGUUAUCGUCUCCAGGUGUGGUUAAUUAAGUACGUCCGAAAUCCAAUCUAGGUUAGGCUCCGGACAUGUAAAUAUUUCAUAAACACAUAAUGUGGUUCGUCCUGGAAUCGAUUUUUUACCACCCCUAAUAAUGGGUGCUUAGUGUUAACCUUUUUCCCCUCCCUUAAGAGGGGUUGUUCAGUAAUUCUAUUUGUGCGGAUAAACACAACCCUCCAUGUCCCAAACUGAAAAAAAAUAACUGCCAGUAACCGCUUCUCCACUACAAAACCAAACCCUCCCACCAUGUUACACUUUUUUUUCUUCCUUCAUUGUUCCAAAGCCUCGUCUUUCCCUGCCAUGACCAACAACAAUACUGAAUCAGAUCUUCAUUCUCGCUUUCCUGCCUCUCCAUCUCACAACCUCAUUCCAUAUUUUUCUCCCUCUUCUAGCACUUCAAGCGCCUACCAACCCCAAAACUCCGGUAGAAAACGCUCCCGGACGAUCAAGAUAGACUCUGGUGCGGCUACCACUACAAGCAGUAGGAGUGGUGUCAAUGACACUUCCAUUUCCAGGCCAAAGCAGAGCAAGAAACCCGACCCGUCAGUGCCUAAGAUCACUCGACCUUGCAGCGAGUGUGGGAAGAAGUUCUGGUCAUGGAAGGCACUUUUUGGACACAUGAGAUGCCAUCCAGAGCGCCAAUGGCGCGGCAUCAACCCUCCUUCCCAAUUUCGCCGACCCUUCUCCCCACAGAUGAAUGACAGUGAGGCCUCAACGAAGAUGACCGAAGAGGACCAAGAAGUUGCAGCUUGCUUGCUGAUGUUGGGUAAUGGAGAUGUAAAUGUUGCAACUGAAUUACAACCAGAAGUAUUAAUUCCUCAACUCCAAGAAACAGAGUCGAUGAAUUACAGGUUCGAGUGUUCGAGUUGCAAGAAGGUUUUCGGGUCUCAUCAAGCGCUUGGUGGUCAUAGAGCGAGUCACAAGAAUGUCAAGGGAUGUUUCGCAAUAAACAGAAGCAAUGAGGAGGAAUUGGUGCAGGCACAUAGCGGUGGCGGAGGAGGAGGAGAAAGAGGAGCAGAGGAGGAUAAUAAUAUGGUGAUUGAUUCAGUGCACAAAUGCAGCAUUUGUUUGAGGGCUUUUUCAAGUGGGCAAGCAUUGGGAGGGCAUAAGAGGUGCCAUUGGGAGAAAGGAGAUCAAGGGUUUAGUAAUCUAGACCUCAAUUUGCCUGCUCCAGUUGAAGAACAUGAUCACGAUUGUUCUUCAUCUUCUUAUUCUUCAGGAUUUGCUUUGGACUUAAGGUUAGGACUUUGAAGGCAUUAUUCUACUGACUUGUGGCUAUCCAGUGA